UCCGCUCCCGGCUCCCGGCCCUCCCGGAUCCCGCCCCCACCAGGCCACCAACCAGCAACCGCCAUGCCGCAGCCGCAUCGCGGCCGUCACAGCCCGGGCGCGCCGGUGCAGGCAGACCCCGCGUUCCCGCGCGCCACGUCCACGGUGGUUCCCGACCCGUCCCGCUUCUUCGCACCGGCGCUCCUCGCCGCGCCGCUGCCCACCAACGCCUUCUUCCAGAACUUCGUGCUCAAGGACGGGGACAUGCCGGAGUACAUCCACCCAUACUCCAUCCGCUCCCCCGGCGGCGGCGCGCUCGACGUCUGCUACCCGUCGCGGAGCCACUCGCCGUCUUCCGUCGUCCAGGCGUUCGUCGCCGACCUCACCGUCUCUGACGCCGCCGCAGCCGCCGGGAGCGCGCAGCGCCACGUCGUGUCGGCCUUCGACGACCUCUCCGUCACGCUCGACGUGUCCCGGUCCCUCCGCGCGCACCUCGUCCGCGGCUGCCCCUACGUCACCGUCACCACCAAUGCCACCGGCCCAACCGACAUCUCCGUCGCGUCCGUCCACGCCUUCGUCGAGCUCAGCUCCAGCCAGAGCCACCACGGAUGGACCAAGUGGCGCCUCCGGAUGGACAGCGGCCAGACCUUCCUGCUCUACGCCUCGGCCCCGAUCCGCCUCGCGCAGGCAACCCCCACGCAGCUCUCGGCGCCCGCCUUCGCCGGCGCCAUCCGGGUCGCCUACCUCCCGGACGCGUCCAUGGAGCCGGUCCUAGACCGCUACAGCCGCUGCUUCCCGACCGCGGGGCACGCCACGGUGAACCCGAACGGCCGGCCUUUCUGCGUCGACUACGCCUGGCACAGGGAGGGGCACGGGGAGCUGCUAAUGCUGGCGCACCCGCUCCACCUCCGCCUACUCGCACUCGCCGCCGGCGGCUGUGAGAACCGUGCCAGCGUCCGGGUGAUCGACGGCUUCCGGUACCGGAGCAUCGACGGCGACAUGGUUGGCGUCGUCGGCUGCUCCUGGGCGCUGCGCGCCGACCCGGUGCCCCCGACGUGGCACUCCACCCGCGGCGUCCGCGCGGACGGCGUGGCCGAGGUGGUGGCCGCGCUGCGCGCCGACGUGGCCGCGCUGGCGCCCGCCGCGGUCACCACCACCUCGUCCUACUUCUACGGGAAGGCGGUCGCGCGCGCGGCGCGGCUGGCGGUGAUCGCGGAGGAGGUCGGGUGCGCCGACGUGGUCCCGGCGGUGCGCGAGUUCCUGGCGGCCACCGUCACGCCCUGGCUGGACGGCAGCUUCCAGGGGAACGGCUUCCUGUACGACGCCACGUGGGGCGGGCUGGUGACGCUGCAGGGGCUCACCGACUCCGGCGCCGACUUCGGGUUCGGCGUCUACAACGACCACCACUACCACCUGGGCUACUUCCUGUACGCCAUCGCGGUGCUGGCGAGGUUGGACCCGAGCUGGGGCCGCCAGUACGCGCCGCAGGCCUACGCCAUGGUGGCCGACUUCAUGACGGUGUCGCGCGACAAUAAGUACGGCGGCGGCGGCGGCGGCAGCUUCUUCACGCGGCUGCGGAUGUUCGACCUCUGGACGCUGCACUCGUGGGCGGGGGGUCUGGCGGCGAUCCCCGACGGGCGCAACCAGGAGAGCACCAGCGAGGCCGUGAGCGCCUACUACUCGGCGGCGCUGGUGGGGCUUACCUACGGGGACGCGCGGCUCGCCUCCCUGGGCGCGACGCUGGCGGCGCUUGAGAUGCUGGCGGCGCAGACGUGGUGGCACGUCCGGGACGGGGAGGGCAUGUACGAGGCGGACUUCAGCGGGAGCAACCGCGUCGUCGGGGUGCUGUGGGCGAACAAGCGCGACAGCGCGCUGUGGUUCGCGCCGGCGGAGUGGAAGGAGUGCCGGCUCGGGAUCCAGCUGCUGCCCCUGCUGCCCAUCAGCGAGGCGCUGUUCCCGGACGUGGCGUUCGUCAGGGAGCUGGUGGAGUGGACGCUCCCGGCGCUGGCGAGGGACGGCGUCGGCGACUGGUGGAAGGGGUUCGUGUACGCGCUGGAGGGGAUUUACGACACCGAGGCGGCGCUGGCCAAGAUCCGAGAGCUCACCGCGCAUGAUAAUGGCAACUCGCUGACCAACCUGCUGUGGUGGUUGCACAGCCGUGGGCCUGCGGCAGCGUCGUCGCCUCAUCGGUGACGGGGAUGCCGGCCGCCGGGUUCAGGUUCGGCCGCCGCCGCUGCUGGUACCGCCACGGACAGUGACAGUGGUGGCCAGCACGAGUGACCAACCGUUCGUGUCAGCUUGUGGAGCAGAGCAGGUGAUCGGCUUUCAAUGGAGUGAGCGAGUGUGGAGUUUAUUGAAGUUGAAAAGUUACGAGAAAACCCUUUUAUGCCAUCCAAAUCUAUAGACAUUUCUUACAUGUCAUAUGCCAUCAAAUUCUAUAUGUAGUUUGACUUAGAACAUACCUAACACGACAUGUAAAUAAAAAUGAAGGGAGUAGAUGUUC